GUAAGCCGUGUGCUUCUCUCUAAUUGGCUGUUAGGAGCCAGUGUCCAAAGAGUCUCAUAUGGCAUCAAACCCUUCGCAACUGUCACGUAAAGUAACCGCUAAAAGAAAUUAUAUUUUCUUAAAUGUUAACGCUUUACUUUAGCCGAGGUUAUUCGAUUGCUCGAAAAAUUUAGGGCAUGUUUAUUCUUUGUUUCGAAGCGUUCACCACGAAUCUGACAUGUGAUAAACCCUCCAAACUUCGUAAUUUGUUGAAAAUACGCUUAUCUCAGAAAUAUUUGUGAUAAUCAAACUAUCCAAUAAAUUAAUAUCCUAAAAACUGUGAUGAAGGGGGUAUACAACCAUUAGCGAAGCAUAUUUUUUCAAAAUAAAAGAAAAGCAGUUACUGUUAUUAUUAAAUAUAUUAUAACUCUAAAGUCACACAGUAAAAGUGUAUAAAACAAUUAUAAAGCCUAUUAAUCACUAACUUUUUACUGAAAUAAUAAAUUUCCAGAUAGAAUUUUGUGCAUAUCAAUUAUAACGAAGCAGAAAAAUUAAACUGUUAAUUUUUUUCUUGGUCACGGUAAGAGAGGUAGAGAAAUUGAAGACUGUGAACUUAUUGUCGGUGAAAAAUCAGAGAACAUGACAACCAUCAUCAAUAACAGUGUCAGUCGAUAUUUCUGCUUAGCUCGCCGGCCGGCAAUGCUAUCUUUCUAUAUUGCUGUCACACUCUUAGCUGUGCCUUUCUGUACUGUACUUCUACUCACUAGCGGCCCAGCCAAUGUUGCAGAUAACAUAUCCCUCCAGCAGCAGAUAGCUCAGUUGAAAGAACGCCUGCGCCACGCCAAGAUGCUCAGCCAGGAACGGCUUCGAGACAUCACAUCCUUGCGCCAGAGUUUCGAUCACGUGCUUCAGUCGUCCAACCUCCGCAACAAGAUCAGCACAUCAAGGCAAAAUCCUAGCGUAUAUCUAGGCCGAGGAACACUUUGGCAACAACAGCAUGUAGUGUUAUACAGCAGCGUCGGACCUGGUGCGGUACCUGUGAGAAAAGACAAGGAAUUCGACGAAACGCUGGACUUGCAGUUGCCGUCUUUACAUCACUAUUUGCCUCAUCUGUUGAACAACUUCGAUGGCCUUCAACCAGCUCUUAAGAUCGCCGCUUCUCGUACUGGAGUGACUAUGGUAAUGGGUAUUCCUACUGUGAAGAGACCUAUUGAGAGUUACUUGAUUCCUACUCUCGAGAAUCUUAUAGAAAAUAUGGAUGAAAAGGAAAGAGAAGAUGCUUUAAUUAUUGUCUGUAUUGCCGAGAUUGACAAAAUAUAUGUGAAAGAACAAAGCCAAGAGAUUCAGAACCGGUUUCAGAAACAUAUAGAUUCAGGCCUGCUGGAAGUCAUAGCACCACCUGAAGGAUAUUAUCCUGAUUUUAAAAACUUGCGGAAUACAUUAGGUGAUCCAGUUGAAAGAGUCAGGUGGCGCACAAAGCAGAAUUUGGACUACGCAUAUUUGAUGAUGUAUGCCCAGGCAAAAGGGACGUUUUAUGUGCAGCUGGAGGAUGACAUUCUGACCAAACCGCAUUACUUGACGAUCAUGAAGAACUUCGCCUUCAAGAAAUUGAGGGAGAACAAAGACUGGAUCAUUCUGGAUUUCUGCCAACUGGGUUUUAUAGGUAAAAUGUUCAAAGCUGUAGAUCUGUCAAAGCUUGUGACAUUUUUUGCUAUAUUUCACAACGACAAGCCAGUGGAUUGGUUGCUAGACCAUAUGAUACAAACUAAAGUGUGCCGGUUUGAUAGAGAUAGCAAGGAUUGCCGGAAGCAGAAGGACAAUGUCUGGAUACACUACAGACCUUCUUUAUUUCAACAUGUAGGAACACAUUCAUCUCUGAAAGGAAAAGUCCAGAAACUUACGGAUAAGCAGUUUGGGAAGACUCUUACAAGAUAUCCACAUCGGAAUCCAGCAGCAGUGUUGAGGACAUCGCUGAAGACAUAUGGAGACCAUACGCUGUCCAGAGCAUACCGUGGGGAAACCUACUUCUGGUGUUUUACUCCAUCGAAAGGAGAUAACAUUACAUUCUACUUUUCGCCGCCCAUUCUCCUUGAGAG